AUGCCUCGCAAAAACAUCUCCUUCAAAACCUCCGACGGCCUAACCCUCAAAGGCUGGUUCUGCACUCCCGACAAGAGCUCUGGCAAACUCCCAUGCCUCGUCAUGGCCCACGGCUGGUCUGCCCUCAAAGAGAUGGACCUUGACGCCUUCGCCGAGUACUUCACUUUGAAACUCGCCAUCGGCUGUCUUGUGUACGACAAUCGCUGCUUCGGGGACAGCGAGGGCGAGCCGAGACAUGAAAUUAUUCCUUCGUUGCAGCAGAGCGAUUACUCGGACGCUAUUACUUAUGCUCAGUCGUUGGAGGAGGUGAAUGCAGAGAAGAUUGGGGUGUGGGGGUCGUCGUAUUCAGGCGGGCAUGUGCUGCUUGUUGGGGCUGUCGAUCGGAGGGUUAAGGCUGUGCUUGGCCAGGUCGUGGAGCUCCUCCGAGCCAACGAUCCAUCUCUUCAAAUCCACCGCAUCGCUCCAACCCCAUUAUUGCUCACGGUGGCAGAGAAUGAUGUGCUGACACCGACUGAUCUGUCCCUCGAGGCUUAUUCGAGGGCGAGGGAGCCGAAGCAGCUGCAUAUCAUCCCCGGAGGCCAUUUCGACGGAUACACUGGCUUCAAUUUCGAGAAGAAUGCUGGAUGUCAGGCUGAGUUCCUGAAGCGGACGCUUUGCUCAUAG